AUCAGGACCGACACCGGGAUCAGGACCCAGACCGGGAUCAGCCCUGACACCGGGAUCAGGACCCAGACCGGGAUCAGGACCCAGACCGGGAUCAGGACCGACACCGGGAUCAGCCCCCAGACCGGGAUCAGGACCGACACCGGGAUCAGGACCGACACCGGGAUCAGGACCCAAACCGGGAUCAGGAUGAGCCGCAUAGGAAACAGCUCCAUUGGGCUGCCCCGGGCGCUCAGCCUGAGGAGCGUGCCCCGGACCUUCUCCGUUUCCUCCUCGAAUUUACUGAGCGACGGCCCCCGAGCGGAGAUCGACCAGAAACUGCGGGCGGCCCGGACCCAGGAGAAGGAGGAGAUCAAGGGGCUGAACAACAAGUUCUCGGAUGUUAUCAUGCGGGUUCGUAAGCUAGAACAGGAGAAUCAGGUGCUGGAGACACGAUGGGAUCUGCUGAAGCAUGCAGACACGUACAAAUCAAACGCUGACAAAAUUGUCAACAUGUUCUGCAACAAACUGAAGCAGCAACUCAGUGAUCUGGAGAAGGAGAGAGAGCACCUGAAGCUGCAGAUCUCACAAACACAACAAAUGGUCGAAGACUUCAAAGGGAAGUAUGAAGAUGAGAUUAACUCCCGUACUGCAAUGGAGAAUGAAUUUGUGGUCCUUAAGAAGGAAGUAGAUGAUGCCUAUUUUCAAAAGGUUGAGCUGGAAUCGAAACUGGAAUAUCUCACCAAUCUGAUUGAGUUCCUGAAGCUCCUGUAUGCUGAGGAACUCCAAGAGCUGCAAUCACAAAUCCAAAGCACUGCUGUCACACUCAAGGUCAACAACAAACGCCAACUCGACAUGAAACAGAUUAUUGAUGACAUCAAGCUGCAGCAUGCUGAAAUCGCAGCCAGGAACAAGCAGGAGGCUGAUGCCUGGUAUCAGAACAAGCUAUCAGAUCUGGAGAAUGAUAAGGCGAGACAGAACAACGACCUCAGAGAUGCAAAGAACGAGUUUGCCAAUUGCUCUCGUUAUCUGCAAAAGCUGAAGUCAGACAUUGAUGGGCUUCAGAACCAGCGUGCCUCCCUGGAGUCUAACAUCAGGGAUACAGACGAACGUGGGCAGAUUGCCAUCAAUGAGGCCAAGCAGCAUAUCCAGCAGCUGCAGGAAGCUCUGCGUAAGAUUAAGACGGAUAUGGCCGAACAGAUGCGUGAGCACCAAGAAUUACUUAACGCCAACCUGGCGCUGGACAUGGAGAUUGCCACCUAUAAAAAGCUCCUGGAUGGAGAGGAGGAAAGAGACGGAGUUCCAGCCAGUGGCACCAUAACCCGAGUGGUCAGCUCAUCAUCGGUCAACCCAAAAGGAGCAUUUGUCAGGAAAAAUUCAAAAUUCAUGACUUAAGAUCAUUCGGUUUCUGUGGAUGGUUUGGAAGGGAUGGAAAUGAGAAUCAAUUUCUCUCUGAUCGAAGAGCCUAUCACUGACAGUUCACAUGUGAAGGCCCACCCUCCACAUCAUCGCCAGCAGAGAAACAGCAAGACAACAAACUGAAUCUUUCUCUCGUUCAGAUCUGAGUUUUAAUUAUCUUUGAAGUAAAGAUUGUAUAUUGAAUAAACUCUAUUUAGGGUAAUGCAUUGCUAACCACUCACCAUUAUAACACUUCUUACCUGUUUAUUUUGUCUGACUUUGCUUAGUUCUCUGUACCCUGCCCCUGUCCAUCCAAAUCCCCAAGUACAGCAUCACAGACAUUUACACCCUUGCCCCUGGACCACUCUCCCUCACUCCUACCGACCCACUCUCUCCCCCGCUCCCAAUCCCACACUGUCCUCAUGCCGUCCC